AUGCACAACCACCAUGCCCAAAGCAUGUCGCACGAGGAUCAACUUUCCGCGAUGCUGAACAGGAAUAACCACUUGUUGUCCAACGAGCACCAGGCGAUGUUGCACCACGGGUCCAUGAACCACCAUUUGAAGCAGGAACCCGCCGUGGGGUACACUCCUUCGAACCACCCGUUCUCGAUCACCAGGUUGCUGCCCGCGGAAAGCAAAACGGACAUCAAGAUGUAUCCGACGGACAUGGGCUACGGAUACCAGACGCUGAGCCCGCUGCCCAACUCGAUACACUCCACGUCGAUAGGCAACGAUUAUUACAACAGCCCCUCGCUGUACCACCCCACGGGCACCACGACCUUGUGA